AUGAAAUUAACAAACAAAAACAACAACUAUUAUCAACAUCAAUUUAACACAAAGAUGACUUCAUUGACUCCGUUCCAAGCUACUGAUUUAUUUCAAUUGAAUUCAAUCAAUUUAGAUACUUUAACAGAAAAUUUCAACAUUGGAUUUUAUUUUGAAUAUUUAACUAAAUGGCCAUCUUUAUUUUUCAAAAGUGAAGAAAUAGGAUCAUAUAAUGGUGUCAAUAAUACACAAUUAUCAGGAUAUAUGAUGGGUAAAACAGAAGGUAAUAAUGAUCUAUGGCAUACACAUAUAACAGCAGUAACGAUAAACCAUUAUUAUAGAAGAAUUGGAUUAGCAAGUUAUUUAUGUUCAAAUUUAGAAUAUAUUACAGAUUCAACACCUCAUGAAACUAAUUUUAUUGAUUUAUUUGUUAAGGCAAAUAAUCAUUUGGCUAUGAAUUUAUAUGAAAAAUUAGGGUAUAGUGUAUUUAGAAGAGUUGUUGGAUAUUAUGGUGGUGAAUAUGAAUAUCCAUCAGAUACAAGUUCUAUAAAUGAUAAUAAAGAUGCAUUUGAUAUGAGGAAAGCUAUGAGAAGAGAUGAAGGUAAAAGUAUUAGAUCAGAUGGAAGAGAACAUAGGGUAUUACCACAUGAAGUGACUUUUUAA